CAUAACCGGAAAUGCUCUUCACUUAGCUGUCAAAAUAUUGCGCGAAAUUUAAUUAUUUUCUAAUUUAACAAAUUUCUAUUAUUUUAAUAUAUAAACAAUCGAAGGCUAUGGGAUCAAAAUCUUUAUCGCAAGAAUAUGACUUUUCAGAAGGAGAUGAAUCACCGUUUAAGACAUACAAGCCACUCAGAUCACUUUUGAAUGAAAACACCAAGACAACAGUGAAAUCUGAACAAACUGACUCAGCAUUGUGCCAAACACGAAAUGAGAUUGCAGCUGAUACCGUGUCAGCAAAAAGCGAUUCAAUGGAAAAUAUUGAUCCACACUUAACACAAAUUCAAAGAAAAGUCAUUUAUAUGUAUAGUAAAUACGUGAUUGACACAGCUGACAGAAUGAUCAAAGUGCCCAAACGUGCAAGUCUUGUGUCAAGUUUGAUUGAAGCAUAUGGUCUCCACAAAUAUCUUAGAGACUGUGCCUCAGGAUUUUGCUAUACCAAUGAUGUUGUACUCGGAAUUCUGAAGCUUAGAGAAAAGUUCAGCAGAGUACUAUAUGUUGACCUUGACCUUCACCAUGGUGAUGGUGUGGAAGAUGCAUUUUGCUCAACAAACAAAGUGAUGACAGUAUCGGUACACAAACAUGCUGCAGGAUUUUUUCCAGGACGUGGCAGUGUGAAGGAUACAGGUUUAGGGAAAGGGAAAUAUUACAGUGUUAACAUACCUCUAAAAGAUGGAGUAAAAGAUGCAGAAUUUGCAGCUUUAGUAUGCAGGGUGUUAGUGAAAGUGAAGGAUAAGUUUGACCCUGAGGCUGUAGUUUGUCAAUGUGGAGCAGACGGAUUGGCUGGAGAUCCAAUGGAAUCAUUCAACCUAACAUCCCUCUCUCUUGGAAAAUGUGUCUAUACCCUAUUAUCUUGGAAGCUUCCAGUUUUGCUUCUUGGGGGAGGAGGUUACAAUCACCAGAAUACUGCUAGAUGUUGGACAUAUUUGACUGGUAUAGCUGUUGGUAGAAAACUCAAUAAAGAUAUUCCUGAGCAUAGGUACUUAAUGAAGUAUGGACCAGGCUAUGAACUUAGUGUUGCAGUUGGGAAUAAAAGGGACCAAAAUACACAAGAAUACCUACAGGCGAUUUAUAGUGAUAUUUUAUAUAAUCUUAACCAGCUAUCCAGCACAUCAAACUGAAUUGUAAUUGGAAAGAAACACAUCAUUCUUGGAUUGAUAUGUACUCUGUCCAUGCUGGUCUUACUAAUCUGUCCAGGAAAUUAAUUUGUGAAAACAUAAUCGAUCAGUUGUGACAUUUUGGAGAACUCAGAAGCUUACUUGUAUUACAUGAUGCAUUAAUAUAGCUGAAAUAAAAUGAAAACUAA